AUAUGGGCUUAGGCGCGCUCACUUACUACUUUGUUCGACUUUCCAUGUGAAGAGGAGGAACAACAUACUGUACGACAAUGAGCGGACGUGGCAAAACCGGUGGCAAAGCUAGAGCUAAGGCUAAGACUCGCUCAUCCAGAGCUGGACUGCAGUUUCCAGUCGGCCGUGUUCACAGGUUGCUGCGCAAAGGCAACUAUGCUGAGCGUGUUGGUGCUGGAGCCCCAGUUUACUUGGCUGCUGUGCUCGAGUACCUGACUGCUGAAAUCCUCGAGUUGGCUGGCAAUGCUGCCCGGGACAACAAGAAAACGCGCAUCAUUCCCCGCCACUUGCAGCUUGCUGUCCGCAACGACGAGGAGCUGAACAAGUUGCUGGGAGGCGUCACGAUCGCCCAGGGUGGCGUACUUCCUAAUAUUCAGGCCGUUCUUCUGCCCAAGAAAACGGAGAAGACCGUCAAGACCAAGUAGAUCUUCUUUAAAAGCUGUCCGAGCGCAAAGGCUCUUUUAAGAGCCACCUACAUUGCUAUCAAAAGAGCAGAUGUCUGUAUAAACAAAUGUAUGUAUAGCGAUGACCAUAAGUACAUGUGAGUCUUAAUCUUUCUGAGCAACUCCUAUCGUCACAGGUUGCUUGGAUAUUAUUAAGUGGAUAUAAUGCUCAAGCUUCAAGAAGUUUCUAAGAGCCGAGAUGACUACAAAACACGCACUAGUCCUAGUAACGCAAGCUAUUCUGCGUUUCAU